AGAGAGAUGCAGCUGCUGCCACUACUACUACAGUAUACAGAGCUGCUUUUCAUAGAGAGAGAGUAAAUCCUCUCCCAUGCGUCCAAAAUUUUGAAAAACGUCUCUGCUUUUGUCAGGUUCAACGCAUUCAAAGCUCUCACACCUCUGCACAGCUCUGCUACUGCCUCUCAUUCAUUCUUCUGUUAUUUUCUUUUUUAUUUUUUUUCCACAUUGUGAUUUUGGGGCUCUGAGCAGAAAUACCCACCUGUCUUUUUUACUGUUGUUUUUGUUGUGUUGCGCUUUCCUUUCAUUUUCAAUAAACACCAACAAAAACUCUCUCCAAAUACAUCUCUUUCUGUUCUGUGGGUCGUUUUGGUUUGUUUUUCUGUUUCUUUCUCUCUGUUUGUCUUGGAAUCUCGAGAUUGGCGUCUUAAGAUAAAAGGACCAUUACAGGAGUAGGACCCGAUCUCAAGUUCGUUCUUUCUCAAUUGGGUCUUUGAGAAAAAGAGAAGCGAAACCGACCAUCAAUAUGAUGAAAGAGAGAGUAGGCUCUCUUGGUGGAGAGAGCCAUCCAGAGACCAACACCAACAAAACCAACUAUAGUAAAGAAGAAGAUCAAGAGCCAAGACCCAACCAAGAACAGCCCUUCUUCUAAUCCCAAAUAGUCCUUCUGCGUCCCGUUGGUUUCUGUUAUCGUUUUCUUUCGGGUUGUUCUGUCCUUUGUUUGUUGCUUUGCUGCAUUUUGUAACCCAAAAACACUGUCUUGGGACUUUCAUUGCUUCUGUUUAAUCUGUCAUGUCUAUGGCUCUUCUUAUGCACAACAAAGAGGCAUUAAUUAAGCAACAGAUGGAUUCAAGCAAGUAUGUGAGGUAUACACCCGAGCAAGUAGAGGCUUUAGAGAGGGUGUAUGCAGAAUGUCCAAAGCCUAGUUCUUUGAAAAGGCAGCAGCUCAUUAGGGAAUGCCCUAUCCUCUCUAACAUUGAGCCCAAACAGAUCAAAGUCUGGUUUCAAAACCGUAGAUGCCGUGAAAAGCAGAGGAACGAAGCAUCCCGUCUUCAGACUGUUAAUAGGAAGCUGACUGCGAUGAACAAGCUGUUGAUGGAGGAGAAUGAUCGAUUGCAGAAGCAGGUGUCGCAUCUGGUUUAUGAGAACGGAUACAUGCGACAACAGCUGCACACUGCUUCUGCAACGACCACAGACAAUAGCUGUGAGUCUGUGGUCAUGAGUGGUCAGAACCAACAACAGCAAAACCCAACACCUCAGCAUCCUCAAAAGGAUGCUAACAACCCAGCCAGUCUUCUCGUGAUCGCUGAGGAGACCUUGGCAGAGUUCCUUUCCAAGGCUACCGGAACUGCUGUCGACUGGGUCCAGAUGAUUGGGAUGAAGCCUGGUCCGGAUUCUAUGGGAAUCGUUGCUGUUUCCCGCAACUGUAGUGGCGUGGCAGCACGAGCCUGCGGCCUUGUGAGUCUAGAGCCCACAAAGGUUGCUGAAAUCCUCAAAGAUCGUCUAUCUUGGUUCCAUGAUUGCCGAUGUGUGGAGGUGUUGAGUUCAAUUACUACGGGAAGUGGGGGGAAAAUUGAGCUCAUCUACAUGCAGACUUAUGCACCGACAACAUUGGCUGCAGCACGUGACUUUUGGACACUGAGAUAUACUACUACUAGUUUGGAAGAUGGGAGUCUUGUGAUAUGCGAGAGGUCAUUAACUAAUUCUACUGGUGGGCCAACUGGGCCUCCCACCUCUGGGUUUGUUAGAGCUGAAAUGCUUCCUAGUGGCUAUCUAGUCCGACCUUGUGAAGGUGGAGGCUCCAUCAUUCACAUUGUUGAUCAUGUUGAUUUAGAUGUUUGUAGUGUUCCCGAAGUUCUCAGGCCACUCUAUGAGUCCUCAAAGAUGAUUGCUCAGAAAAUGACCAUGGCUGCCUUCAGGCACAUUCGACAAAUUGCUCAGGAGACCAGCGGAGAAAUUCAGUAUGGUGGGGGUCGCCAGCCUGCUGUUUUGAGGACAUUUAGCCAGAGGCUCUGCAGGGGUUUCAAUGACGCUAUCAAUGGCUUCCUGGAUGAUGGUUGGUCACUUAUGGAUGGUGAUGGCGUGGAAGACGUGACCAUUAUGAUAAAUUCAUCGCCAAACAAAUUUCUUGGGUCUCAAUAUCAUGCGUCAAUGUUCUCAUUUGGAGGGGGUGUGCUUUGUGCCAAGGCAUCAAUGCUACUGCAGAAUGUUCCUCCUGCUUUGCUUGUUCGUUUUCUAGGGGAACAUCGUUCAGAGUGGGCUGACUACGGGGUUGAUGCCUAUGCUGCAGCAUGUCUUAAGUCUAGUCCUUAUGCAGUUCCAUGUGCAAGGCCAGGUGGCUUCCCCAGUAGCCAGGUCAUUUUACCUCUUGCCUAUACUGUGGAGCAUGAGGAGUUUUUGGAGGUAGUUCGGCUAGAGGGUCAUGCUUUCUCCCCUGAAGAUGUAGCAUUGGCACGUGAUAUGUACUUGUUGCAGCUGUGCAGUGGAGUUGAUGAGAAUGCUGUUGGUGCCAGUGCUCAGCUUGUUUUUGCUCCCAUUGACGAAUCUUUUGCUGAUGACGCUCCUUUGCUGCCAUCUGGCUUUCGUGUCAUUCCGCUGGAUCCUAAAACAGAUGGGCCUGCUGCGUCUCGGACAUUGGAUUUGGCAUCUACGCUUGAAGUUGGACCUGGGGGUGUCCGUCCAGCGGGUGAGGCUGAUCUGAGCAAUUACAACCUUAGGUCGGUCCUCACUAUUGCAUUCCAAUUUACUUUUGAAAGCCACUUGCGAGACAAUGUUGCUGCUAUGGCUCGUCACUACGUACGAAGUGUGGUGGGUUCUGUCCAGAGGGUUGCAAUGGCUAUCGCUCCUUCCCAGCUCGGCUCAAAUAUGGGGACCAAGUCUCUUACUGGUGCUCCUGAGGCUGUUACAUUGGCACAGUGGGUUUGCAGAAGUUACAGGAUUCACACUGGGGGAGAACUGCUUCGCGUUGACUGCGAAGCGGGUGAUGCAUUGUUGAAGCAACUCUGGAAUAAUUCAGACGCAAUCAUGUGCUGCUCCCUAAAGACAAAUGCAUCUCCCGUAUUCACCUUCGCAAACCAGGCUGGUCUUGAUAUGUUAGAAACUACUCUUGUUGCACUUCAAGAUAUUAUGCUCGACAAGAUUCUCGAUGAAGCUGGUCGGAAGAUCCUAUAUUCCGAGUUCUCUAAAAUCAUGCGGCAGGGUUUUGCGUAUCUGCCGGCAGGGAUAUGUGUGUCGAGCAUGGGGAGGCCGGUGUCGUAUGAGCAGGCGGUUGUAUGGAAAGUUCUGAAUGACGAUGACUCGAACCAUUGCCUUGCCUUGGUGUUCAUCAACUGGUCCUUUGUUUGAUUAUGAAUGUAGUUAGUCUGAAACUGAUUUCCUAUCUUUUUCAAGUGAUAAUUUGCAUUAUGUCAGUACCUUGAAAAUGUUGCCCUGCAUUAGGACAUAUAUAUAUAUAUAUAAUAUGUGUAUGUCUGUCUACAUUAUUAUGGUUUAUAUAUUCUUGGAAGGCAUGUGGAAGAGCUUGAAACUCUA